AUGGAGCGAUUUGAAGCUGGAACGAAGGCGUUGAUGGACGAAGUCGUCGCAGCCACGAAGCGAGGCACGACCACCAUUAUUGGUGGCGGUGACACGGCGACGUGCUGCAAGAAGUACGACACGGAGAGCAAGGUCAGCCACUGUAGCACUGGCGGCGGCGCCUCCCUUGAACUUCUGGAGGGGAAAGAGCUGCCCGGAGUGACAGUCCUGACCGAGAAGGCACCCACCCCGGCCAACAAUUACAGUGAUGACAACGUGUUCUCCAAGAUCAUCGACGCCACAAUUCCCUGCUUCAAGAUCUUUGAGACAGAGGACGCCCUGGCAUUCCUGGAUGCUUUUCCGAAGGUGAAGGGCCAUGCCGUCCUGAUACCAAAGCGGAAGGGUUAUUUGGCGCUAGAUGGCAUGCCAGGCGAUGCAGCGGCAGCUUUUCUCGGGGAGCUCCCGAGGCUCUGCAAAGCAGUGAAGCGAGCGACCGGUUGCCAGGCCGUGAAUGUCAUCUCGAACCUGGGAGCGGAAGCCGGGCAAAUUGUGUUCCAUCCGCAUGUGCACGUCAUUCCGCGGUAUCAGGAUGACAACAUGCUCACCAUGGCGCCCUCUGCAACCGACAUGGUGGACAAAGACGAGGCCACCGAGACCGCGACCGAGAUGAAAAAUGCCUUGAAAUCAAUCAGGGUGAAGCCGAACAAGACCUCCCAAGAGCUCCAGGCGCUGAAAGCCGAGAAUGAGGAGUUGAAGGAGAAGCUCGCAGCUCUGGAGCCCCUGAUUCAGGCGGCCAGGGUGAUCCAGAGCUACAAGCCCUCCCCGGCAUUGAGCAAGGCAACGUCUUCUGCCAAAGAGGAGGAGCAGAGGCCGAAGAUGCGGGAAAGAAGAGACAACCGCGCUCCUCCGCCGCCAGCACCGCCCCAGCGGCCCCCAGAGCGCUCUGGCAAGGGCAUGGGGAAAGCGCAGUCGAAGGGAGGCUAUGGUGGCUAUGGUGACUAUGGCGGCGGCUACCGGGACUAUGGUGACUAUGGCUACUCGGGCUACGACGCUCCUUAUGACUACGACUCGUGGCAGGACCACAGCCCGAAGGGCGGCAAGGGCCACAAGGGCUACGAGCCCCCGCAGAGCUAUGGCUUCUUCAAAGGGGGCAAAGGCAAGGGCAAGUUCAAGUGA